CUACCGCCGGCGAAAAUGGUUUUCAAGAGGUACGUCGAGAUCGGGAGAGUCGCACUCGUGAACUACGGAAAAGACCAUGGAAAGCUCGUCGUUAUCGUCGACGUUGUUGACCAGAACAGAGCUUUAGUGGAUGCCCCAGACAUGGAGAGGAUCCAGAUGAACUUUAAGAGGUUGUCUCUUACGGACAUUGUGAUUGAGAUUAACCGAGUUCCCAAGAAGAAGGCUUUGAUCGAGGCUAUGGAGAAGGCUGACGUGAAGAACAAGUGGGAGAAGAGCUCAUGGGGAAGGAAGCUCAUCGUCCAGAAGCGUAGGGCUAGCCUCAAUGAUUUUGAUAGGUUCAAGAUCAUGUUGGCCAAGAUCAAGAAAGCUGGUGUUGUCAGGCAAGAGCUUGCAAAGCUCAAAAAGGAGACCACUGCUUGAUCAAGUUGUGAGGAUUAUCUGCAACUCUGUUUCUCGAUUUUGGAUUGUUAGCUAGUGUUUUCUGCGAGUCUGAACAUCAUUAUCUACUCUAUUGUUGGAUGUUAAUUUCAAGUUUUAAUGAAACCUGGUUUGGAAACUUCAUUUUGUUUGUUCUUACUCUCUUCACAUUUCUGUUCACGUCUUAUUCGUUUCCAUUCUUCCCAAAAUUUCAAGUCAGUCUCAGCUUAAGAGAAAUGUGUGACUCCUUGAUAUCUUUGUUCUAGUGUCCAAAUAAAUUUUAUGACAUUUCUUUUACACCAAGCAGAAGUACCUACCUAAAUUCUAACUGAAUAAAUUGAGACCAGAUCCAAAUUGUUAUACAAAACUA